GUGAAAUUACAACUCCCAGGACGCCCGCACAAAAGGCGAACUUCAUCUUAAUAACCAAUGAUAGCAAAUUAGGCAUAUUGCAAUAUCAUAUCUGGCCACAAGAGGGUAGCAUUAAUACACGCUGAACGAGCAGAGCAUGCCAUAUCCUCUAUCCCUUGGUCUCAAACAUUAUGGCCGCAAACUAUUUUGGAUUCCUGGGUCAACAAUGGAUUCUGAAUACGUGAAUAAGUCUUUAGGGAAAUGCCUGGCAGAGGGGCUGGCAGAAAUAGUAGAGAAAAGACCAGCAGACCCUAUUGACUAUCUUGCUCACUUUAUUUACAAGUACAGAAGCAAUCUAGAUGAACAUGACAAGAGGAGACUGGAUAGGGAACAGCUAGAAAGAGAAAAAGAAGAGGCAAGACAAGAGCUUGAGACAAUUGAAAAACUAAAGCAAGAAGAGUUUUUAAUCCAGGAGAAGAUUAAAGAGCAACAAAAGAAAACAGUUUUAGAGGAGCAUCCCCAAAAAACUAUAGCAGAACUUACAGAGAAGUUUGGUGCCCCUCACUUGCCUACUGUGGAAGAGACUGAUGAAAAUUUGGCUGGCGGCAAACAGAAGAGCCCAGAUAUUCCCCCUGCAGAUACAACAGUAUCACAUGGCACAGAAAAAAACAAUGAAGAACAGAAUGAUUUGAGUAAGAAUCCAGAAAACUCUGAAGUUGUAGAAGGGCAGGAAAAUGCACAGGCCAUGAAAUUUCCUACAAGUAAUGGUGUGCUUGUCGAUGACCAUGGCUCUCCUGCAAAUACAGCAAACACAAAUACUGACCAGAAUAAAACCGGUAUGGAAGCAUCUGAGGAAGAGGAACAUGAGGCUGAUGCAGGAGAAGACAGCACAUGAGAUUUCUCUCUUGUCUUUGUAAACAAAUUUGCAUAAAAAAUAAUAAUAAAAACAACUUCUCAGUGCCCAUCAUGGAUGGGCAUUUUACUGUUA